AUGACUGCUGGGAACAAUGGUUUCACCACGUAUGAAGUUGGAAAGGUGAUGCCUAACAAACUCGUUCUCACACUCAAGGAUAUUGGACGAAUCUCGUUUUCACGCGACUUGCCCGUCGAGGAUUUACGUCGCACGUUUAUUCGACAUGACGACCGGUACAUGGAGCAGGUGAUUGAGAUGCGAACAGCUACGCAUCCAAAAUCCGGUUAUCUGGAACACACCCGAGUGAUCUACACAAAACAGAAUAAUUAG